UAUCGCCUAUGAGGAGACAAAGGCGGCCGGGCGUGGUGCUGGCCACCCAACCCCUCGUGUGCCUUUAGCCGGCCUUCAUGCUCGGUAUUCGCUAGCAGCACUUGCCCCCAGCAGUCGGUGAAGGCUACACGGGGGAUCUUUGCAUAAUGAGGGAACUCCACUGGCAUAGACGCGGGGGGAGGCAGUGAGGGUUGGCUCCUGACGUCCCACGCACUCGAGAGGCGCUCACCCCCCUGCUCCUCCUGCCCACACUGCACCGUGAGACUCCACCUCACCCCCUGCUCCUUCUGCCCACACUGCACCGUGAGACUCCACCUCACCCCCUGCUCCUCCUGCUCCUCCUGCCCACACUGCGCUGAGACUUCACCUCACCCCCCUGCCCCUCCUGCCCACACUGCACCGUGAGACUCCACCUCACCCCCUGCUCCUUCUGCCCACACUGCACCGUGAGACUCCACCUCACCCCCUGCUCCUCCUGCUCCUCCUGCCCACACUGCGCUGAGACUUCACCUCACCCCCCUGCCCCUCCUGCCCACACUGCGCCGUGAGACUCCACCUCACCCCACCCUCCUCCUGCUCCACGUCACAGUGGCGGCGGGGAGACUUCGCGUGCAGCAGCAGCAGCGGCAGGAGGAGCGGCAGGAGGAGGGUCCCUGACGCCGCCAGCCAUGGGCUGUCCACACGUGGCGGGGGACAGGGCGAGAAUCUCAGCGCCCCGCUCAGCACGUGCAGGCGUUCACCUGGGGCCGGCGAGGCCAGUGAGUGUCCACCACAGUGAGUGUCCACCACAGUGAGUGUCCACCACCACAGUGAGUGUCCACCACAGUGAGUGUCCACCACAGCAGUGAGUGUCCACCACAGCAGUGAGUGUCCACCACAGCAGUGAGUGUUAACCACAGCAGUGAGUGUUAACCACAGCAGUGAGUGUCCACCACAGUGAGUGUCCACCACAGUGAGUGUCCACCACCACCACAGUGAGUGUUCACCACAGCAGUGAGUGUCCACCACCACAGUGAGUGUCCACCACAGCAGUAAGAGUCCAGCGCAGUUGGAGUGACGUGAAACGUUCUGACCCGCCUCUACUGGACAUCUGUGAAAAAAAGAGCUUUACAGCUCAUCGGAUUCCUCCGAAGAGGCGCCACCACCACCAGCAGCAGCAGCAGCAGCACAGUCGUUGGCCCUCUGCUCUUCACACCGGGAGGAAGAUCGUGACACGGGGAUCUCUCUGUGAACCUCGGGCGCCGAUGGAGCUCCGCGCCCUGCUGCCCUUGCUGCUGCUGCUGCUGCCGGGGACCCCCACGGCGGCCAGGGGCCCCCAGGCCCCCCCCGACUGCAGAUCGGUGCGGCGAGAGUUCUCCCUGCGGGAGGUGGGGCCCGAGAAGUGGGUCCCCGAGAGGGCGCGCGCAGGUGCCGAGCUGCAGGUGUGCAGCGCGCGCGGCGCCUCGUGCUGCACACGCCGCAUGGAGGACGCCUUCGUGGCGGCCGGCGCCCGCGACGCCCAGCAGCUGCUGCAGACGUCCAGCUCGCCGCUGCGCUUCCUGCUGUCCCGCACCGUCACCUCCGUGCACGAGGCGUUCGUGGCGCUGUCGGAGCAGGCGGAGGCCCGUGUGGGUGCCCUCUUCCGCGACGUGUACCGGGCGCUGGAGCACGAGGCGGCGGGGCCCGUGCGCGACCUCUUCGCCGGCGCUCGCCAGUACGUGCUGGGCUCCCGCGCCGACCCCCACGACCUGGCCACCUCCUUCUUCGACGGCCUCUUCCCGCUCGUCUACAACCGCCUCAUCAACCCGGGCCUGUCGGGCCUCGCGCCCCCCUUCGCCGAGUGCCUGCGCCACAACCGCAGGGAGCUGAGGCCGUUCGGGCCCUUCCCGAGGGCGAUCGCCUCGCAGCUGGGCCGCUCGCUGUCCUCCCUGCGCUCGUUUGCCGGCGCCCUCGGCUCGGGCCUCGAGGCCGUGAACGCCACGGAGCUGGCGGUGACGCCGCGCGACAGCUCGUGCACGCGGGCCCUGGCGCGCCUGCGCUACUGCCCGCUGUGCGGCCCCGAGGCGGCGGCGGCGGGGCCGCGUCCCGCGCGGGCCUGCAUCGGCUACUGCCUCAACGUGCUGCGCGGCUGCCUGGCGAGCCUGGCGGAGAUGAGCGGGCCGUGGAUGGAGCUCGUGCGGGCCGUCGAGGAGCUGUCGGCCGAGAUGCACGGCUCCGGCGACCCCGAGGGCGUGCUGCUGAACCUGCACGCGCAGCUCAACGAGGCCAUCAUGCACGCGCAGCUCAACGGGCCCAAGAUCUCCGUGGCGGUGACGCAGGUGUGCGGGCCCCCGCAGAGCAGCGAGCAGGGCCCGGAGCGGGCCUGGGAGUCCGAGUACGAGCGCCUGCCUCCUCCGCCGGGGCGGCAGCACUACGACCGGCUCGCAAGCAUCAGGCGGGAGUUCCACAGCAGCCUGCGCCUCUACCGCACGUUCUUCGCGACGCUGGCGGAGACGCUGUGCCACACCGAACUGGCGUCACAUGACUCGUCACUCUGUUGGAACGGCGAGACCAUGACGGAGAGUGACACGCACCGCGUGGUGGAGAACGGCGUGGCGGCGCAGAGCCACAACCCCGAGGUGCGCGUGACGGAGGUGGACGCGGCGGUGCAGCGCGCCGUGCGGAAGCUGCAGCACGACGUGCGGGCCAUACGGGAACGCGGCGCUGGCGGCCGCAGGGACGCGAUGGCCGGGGGCCCCGAGGAUGGCGGCGGCCCCGGGGAUGGCGGCGGCCGGAGCGACGCUCGCGAGGAGGGCGCCGCCAGCGGGGAUCGCGACUGCGACGACGAGGACGACUGCGACGACGACGACGACGGUGGCGGCAGCGGCGGCGCCGACCCCAUCAAACCCGCGAGUAACGCGGGGGGCACGGGCGGAGAGAAGCCGACCCCGACGGACAAGAGCCACCCGGACCGGCGGAGAAACCAGCCGGGAGGCGGUGCGGGAAGGCGCCUGGAGGCGGGCGGCCUCACCGCGGCCCUGGCCGCCGUCACGGCCGCCGCGGCCGCUCUGCUCCACGGCCCCCGCGGCCUCCGCGCCGAGUGACCGUGACGCGGAGGUCGCCCCCCCCACCCGCCCCCCCGUCGGCUGCGGAGGCCGAACGACCCCCCAGGGGGUUUGGCGCGGCCGACCUCCGCAACCCCCCCCCCCCCCGCGAGCGGACCGCGUUUUGUUUGAGUUGCCCGAAGCCCCGUGGGGGGGGGGGGGGGGCGUCCCCAACCCCCGCGCGGGGCCCUCCCAUUGAACGCGCCGGGCAGCGAAGGACCCAGCGGCAGGCGGGUGGCGCCGCUGCGGUUAAACUCCGCUCGCUGCUCGGCCACUUCUGCAGAGGCAAUUUAGAAGUAGUGGAGAGGCACUGACUUCUUCGUGACAGGUGGGGGGGGAGGGGGACGCGGGGGGGCGCGGGGAGGGUGGCCACGUGGGGUGGGGGGUGCAGGGCUAGAGGGGACGCCGCUGCCGCGGACGUUCAAGGGGGACCGGCGCCGUGUCCACCGCGUGUAGGAGCUGUGGCCGCAGGGAGGGGGCGCGAGGGGGGCUCGGCGCCGCGCGCCGACGGCGUGGGCCUCCGGUCGCCGCCUCCCCCCGGCGAUCGUUGCCGCCCGGCCCCUGCGGCCGAGGGGUGUCUCCACGCCGAGCGAUGGCUUAUAAAACUUUUUUU